AUGGACAAGACCAUGACCUUGUUACUGGGGACUAGCCUGCUUCUGUCCUACCUGUACGCCUUCCAUAUCGCCGCCUACCCCAAAGGCUCGAAGUACACGGUCAUCAAUGAGAACUGCCCUGGGGCAGAGUGGAAUAUUAUGUGCCGGGACUGCUGUGAAUAUGACCAGGUGGAGUGUACGUGUCCCGGAGGCAAUAGGAAGGUGGGCUAUACCAUCCCCUGCUGCCGCAACGAGGAGAAUGAGUGUGACUCCUGCCUUAUACACCCAGGAUGCUCCAUAUUCGAUAAUUGCAAGUCCUGUCACAAUGGAUCAUGGGGGGGAACCCUGGAC